CGGAAGGAAAGCUCCACUAAGAGAAAGCUCGGGGAAAGCCGGGGGAAGCACGCAAGGGACCCAGGGGACCAAGGAAGACAGAAAUAAGGAUAGGACAAGCCCCCGAAACUCGGAAGGAGCCAUGCCUAAGAAAGUAAGGGUCACGGACACAAGGCGCAAACUAGCCGAGAUGGACAAGAGGACCACGGAAUACAAGGCAAGACUAAUUGAGGAAAUGAUGACUGGGAACGAAGAAGGUCCUCUGCAGGAGGAACCCCGGGACGAACGGAAAGCCAGCCAAGGUGAGACUGGACAAGGGGAUAAAGGUAGUGACCGUGGGGGAACGCCGAGCAAGAGAAGGAAAGAGAGAGAGAACUCUCCGGGGAUGGAAGCAGAAAAGGCUACGACUCCGUCAGCCAUGGAUAGUAGGGCUAGCCGCCUGCCGAUCACGCCAGCAGUAGCGCGAGGAUGCGAAGGACUUUGGAGCCUUAGGGAAAGAGUGUUGGGAUGGUUUAACCCGGAAGGAACUAUGAAAACCAGGGAGGGACAGAAGGCCGACAAGGAAUGUCUGGAUAACAGUGUGGCAGGCGAGGCCAGCAGCUCCGAGGGCGGCCUUAAGAAGAUAGUGCCGUCCCUCGCGCGAGCACUAAACAAAAACCAAGGCUAUCUGGCAGACGCCAAGAAAAAGUUGACCUUCAAUGGAGCAAACAUCACAGAGUUCCUGAUCGACUACGAGAACCUAGCUGCGUUACUAAAGUGGACCGAGGAGAAAAAGAUGGACCAUCUAGGACAGCAUGUGUCGUUAAGCUUAGGACGGGACAUAAUGGUCAUUGUAGCUGCAAGCCGGUCUUGGAAGGAGACCUGGGAUGUGAUGAUGAGGAAGUACCUAGCGGCAGAGAAAAUGGCAACGGAGGCCGACCUAGCGGCAGUUCAGAGGAAGAACUUCGCAACGUACAAUGAUUUCCUACGGGAAUUUACUUUGGUAGCACUAAGGAUCCCCGGGGUCACGGACCGGAUAAUGAGCAAAUAUUUCCUCAGGCAGUUCUCUGAAUUCGACAAAGACAAGAUCCUGUCAGCCUACCAACAAACGAGCAAGUUCGUAAACACGCGGGAUGUUGAUUUUAGCACGGUAACGGAUCUGGCUGAGAAAACGGUAGUAACAGAGACAUUAACCUUGCUCAGGGAAGGAGAGAUCAUAGAUCUGACCGGUAGGACGAGCGACAAGGUAAAAAAGGGGAUUGAAAGUCUACAUGAACGGGUGCACGGGGUCGACAAUAAGAUUGAAAGGAUGGAAGGCUCGCUAAUGGUUAUGCAAGCGCAAGUAUCCCGACCUGACCUCCCUCCCCAGGAAGCUGUGGUCCCGCCAAGUGUAGCAAACCGGAGAUUCGGACGGAGAGAUCCUGCUAACGAGCAAUGCAAGUACUGCACUGCGAUAGGACAUUAUGUGCGCGCAUGCCCAAAGCUCAACCAUGAUAUUCUGAAAAGAAGGUGUACCAGGUCAUUAAAGGGGGAAAUAUUCGGACCACAAGGGGAACGGGUGAACAGGAACUCACCAGGAGGGAUGCGGCGAGCCAUUAUCAUGCUCAACGGUCUAGAAAUAACAGUCGUAGAAGCCGAACCGGUGGGCGAGAUCAUCUGGGAUCGGCUGCGAGGGCAGGCCAACUUUAUUUUGGAAAGCGACCGACGUGAUAGGGUGAACGCAACCACUCGACUGGGAAUGGCCGGGAGAAGGAUUAACCGUGACACCAUUAUGAAGGAGGUCGCCGGAAGCUCCGAACCCCAGGCGGAGCCUGAGGCCGAGGAACCAGAGAAAGUCUAUGAGAAGCCUAGGGAAGAGGAGCCUGCGGACAAGGCUACCGCCGCCAAGAAGAAGUUUAGGCAUCAAAUCCCGAUCUUGACCUUGCCUGAGCUCGACGACACUAUUAGCAGGUUACUAGUAACCAUGGUGUCGGUGUCUUUUCAGACCAUGUUGCAGGCUAGCCCUAGGUUGCUCAAGGGGCUCAGACAACUGUUGACUCGGAGGCAAGUAGAAAUAGGCGACAACCUCGAAUUACCAGAAGGGGAGAGGGAGGAGGAAGCUCCGCAAGAAGUGGCUAGCCUUCAGAGGAGUCACGGGGACUUGGAGGAUCUCGAAAAGGCCUUUGCAGACAUUCGGUUGAGCUUGCGCGACCGAGAGGGCAGUGAAGUCAUGAGAUCGCCACCCGAGACGAAGCUUAGCUUCCAUGCGCUGCCCGUAGGGAAACUGAAAAUUCAGAUCGAAAGUCAUCAUACCGACGCAUUAGUAGACGGGGGAGCAGAAAUCACUCUCAUAAGGAGAGAUUUCGCAACGAUCGCGAGAUGUACGGUGAACAAGGAAGUAACAGGGAGCAUCCGGGGAGCUGGCGGGGAAAUCCCGUUUGCUGGGAAGCCGGAUCCGGCAAAAACCGACAAGAUAUCACAAUGGUCAACACCGUUGCGCACGACAGUGGAGGUAAGGGCAUUCCUAGGCGUAGUCGACUUUUGGAGGAUCUUCAUUAAGAACUUUGUCAAGAUUGUUGAGCCUAUCCGGGCUAUGAUCAGGGAAGAAGGAACCAUGGAUUGGACGGAGGAGCGAAAAGGAGUUGUCCAAAGGCUCAAGGACAUAUUGACAUCUGAGACAGUCGCCCUGUCCGUGCCUUGUUUUAAUGACGAAGUGGGACGACCCUUCAUCCUAGAGACGGAUGGAAGACCUUUGGUCGUACGAGGUGUGUUGAUUCAAAAGGAUGAGGGAGGAAAAGAGAGGCCGAUUAGGUUCGAAAGUAGAACCCUGACCUCCACUGAACGGCGGUACUGGCAAUUCAAGAAAGAAGUCCUAGUCAUCCUGCAUUGCCUUAAGACCUUUCAGGCCUACCUGUUUGGGAGGCGGAUCAUCUUAAGGAUCGAUCCGACGAAUGUUGUAGGGGCUCUAAAGAACUACAGGCCUAUAGAUCUAAUGGUAGGGAGAUGGGUAAGAUUCAUCUCGCAGUUCGAUUACAAGAUCGAACGGAUUGCUGGAAUCCGCAACAAGGCAGAUGGGUUGAGUCGGGUUUGCAUCACUCCCGAAGGGAUGGAGGAUGCAGAGCCCAUAGACGCCUUCGGCGAAUACGAAGGAGGGACUCUCGCGGUGGAUAACGAAAUGAUGAGCGAGAGAUGCGCAUCGGGAGAGCUAUUGAUCCAGACGUUGGAGAAGGGAGCACGUAGUAGCAGAACUUAGAGAAGGACCAGUUACCACUCGAGGACGCAGAGAAGAAAAUGACUCAUGGGGAGCGAUAGUAGGACCGAAAGAGGAGCUAAUAGCAAUGGCGGU